AAACGUGACCCAUGCCAUCGUUCUGGACUCUAGCACCCUGAUUGGGGUUAGGGUUUAUGUAAUCCAAUUCCGGUGACGGUGCGUAUUCGAUGGCGAAUCGCACGGAUCCAGCAGCAAAGAGCAUAAGAGGGACGAACCCUCAGAACCUGGUGGAGAAGAUUCUCCGGUCCAAGAUCUACCAGAACACGUAUUGGAAGGAACAAUGUUUCGGGUUAACGGCGGAAACCUUGGUGGACAAGGCGAUGGAACUGGACCACCUCGGAGGUACCUACGGUGGCAACCGCAAACCCACUCCAUUCAUGUGCCUGGUCAUGAAGAUGCUCCAAAUUCAGCCAGAGAAAGAAAUCGUGAUCGAGUUCAUCAAGAACGAGGAUUACAAAUAUGUGAGGAUUCUUGGUGCCUUUUAUUUGCGUCUCACUGGAUCUGAUGUUGACGUAUAUCGUUACCUUGAGCCCUUAUACAACGAUUAUCGGAAACUCCGGCGAAAGCUAUCUGAUGGACAGUUUACAUUGACACACGUGGAUGAGGUCAUCGAUGAACUUCUCACAACAGAUUAUUCCUGUGAUAUUGCGUUGCCACGCGUCAAGAAAAGGUGGACUCUUGAAUCUCUUGGUUCGUUAGAACCUAGACGAAGUGCGCUUGAAGAAGAUUUUGAGGAGGAAGAAGAGAAAGAGGAUAAUGAUCAGCCUGUUGAUAAACUUGAAGAUAGGGCCUAUGAGAAGGAUUAUUACCGUGGGCGAAGCCCUACAAGGGAAAGAGAUAGGGACAGAAGACGUGAUAAUCAUAGAUACAGGGAUUAUGAUAGAGAUUACGAUAGAGAGCGGGGCCGUGGCAGAGACAGGGACAGGGAUAGAGACAGAGACAGAGACAGGGAUAGGGACAGGGACAGGGACCGCCAUCGCCUCCGGGAAGAAAAAGAUUAUGGUCGUGAGAGAGAAGGCAGGGAGCGGGAGAGGAGAGAGAGGGAUCGUGACCGCGGAAGACGAAGAAGUCAUUCAAGGAGUCGUAGCCGGAGUAGGGAUCGCAAGGAACAUGAUGGUGGGGACUACAGAAAGAGACAUGCUCAGAGUAGUGCAAGUCCUAGAAGGCAUGGAGAUGGCCUUGAGGAUGGUGAGCCAAAGAAGAAGAAGGAGAAGAAAGAAAAGAAAGAGAAGAAGGAUGAUGGAACUGACCACCCUGAUCCAGAGAUCGCAGAAGCGAACAAGCUACGUGCAGCGCUGGGUUUGAAACCGCUGAAGGUCUGAUCUUGAGCAGUGUGGCAUGAAUUAGUCUGGGUUUGACUUCACUGAUAUUACAAACAAAAGGUGGUAAAUAUCCAUGUUACAUUGUGGGUUGUGGCACUCGAUGCUGCUUGCUUUUUCUGUACUACUAUUGCUGGCAGUUAUCAAGUCAAAAGGGUAUCUUUGUCACAUAAGUAUACUUGUGUUGCUGCACCAGCUCGGGCUCGCUGCCUUUUAUUUAUUGUCUUUAUUUUAGUGAGACCAUCUAGAGCCUCUGAUGUGAUUUUCAGCAGCCUCGUCUUUGGGGCAUACAAUGAUCUCUAAUUAAAUUUCUGCGUUGAAUGCUGUGAUUUGGCUUGUUUUAGUAAUUCAGAGAUCACCGCAUCAUUCGUUUGUGUAUAAUUUGUUGUAAACUUUAUUGCUCACUUGAAAGAAUUUUAAAUUCCGGUAAUUUACUAACACAAUUAGAAG